GGUCGGCUUUGUACGUACUAAUACCAUAAAGGGAAUAACUAGACACCAUUAUAUGAUUAUCCCGCAUCAUCCGUCACGGUACCUUAUUAUUAUUAUUGUUUACUAUUCUUUUGUCGUUCCUAUGUCUUGCGUGGGGGCCCCCGCACACCGUUCUGACCUGACCCGCUGUUUCUUCUUACUCCUUUUGGCAUUUAACAGCACUUAAAAAAAAAACAAACUUGUUAGCGGUGCCUGCACGUGUGAAUCCCUCCCCCUCCCUAUUCGUGUGUGUGUGUGUGUGUGUGUGUGGACAGCUGUCAAGCUUUUACUCCCGUGUGCUUUGUUCUAGAUUAAUUUGGCUUUCGUAUUCUCACGCUCUCUGUCUCUCUCGCACUGGCUUUUAUUCUAUUGGAGAAGAAAUAUAUAUACUAUCCCUGCUGCCGGACUAUUGUUGCCUCCUUUUUUUGUUUUAGCUACUGCUGUUGUGCAUUGCCCUCGUGCUCCUCCCUCUCCAUCCCCUAACCGGACGUACUUAUAUAUAUAUAUAGAAUGGGCAGCGACGUCUCUGUGGUGCUGCAGGCGGACGCCCCGGUGCCGGAUGUGGUGAUACGCACGCAACGAGCGGCACCCAGCACGGUGCCCUCACCGAACGCGCGCGCAGUCGUGCAGCACUGUCCUGCGAUUCGUGUGGUGGAGGCGGGCGCGGCGCGGAAAAUUGCCGGUGACUCGUCCGCUGCCUCCAUGAUGUCGACAGCAGACCUCUCACCGUUAGAUCAACCCAUCCUCCUGAUCCGCAACUGUGCGGAGCUCGACGCCUUCACCAAGUCCCGCACCUACGCACCUGUGCUGCGUUCCAUCUACGCGUAUUUAGAUCAACACGAGCCACAAGCAGCAGCAGCAGCCUUGAACGGGAAGCGCGGCGCGGGUAUGAGCAGCCUCGACGGUGCCGUGCGGCGCCCGGUGUGCCCGAUUGGCCUCAUCCUUGACCCCUCUCUCGCCAUCGGUGGCCGGCUGAGCUCGAACGAGGCUCGUGCGGCGUGUGCGCAGUGCCUGAAGCUGUUCCUCGUCCACCUCGUCGCCGCGCUGGAGUUUGUGCGCAAGCCGGACGACGCGGCGCCCACGAAGUGGCCCUCCUCGCCGGAGGUGCAGGCGUUGCGCGAGGCCUCCGCCGGCGCCACACCCGGUGCCCUCCCACCGCGGCUUUCCAUAUUGUAUUUGGACCUGCGCCGCUGCGCGCUCGACGACGAGGCGGCGAGGUGGUUUGCGACGACGGUGAUAUUGCGCGCCGUGCGUCGCGCACGCCCGUUUAUGCUGGUCUCCGCGCGCGGCGGAGUGGUGGGCGUGACAGCCGCGAUGAGUGGCAGCAACGGAAGCGGCAACACCUUUUUGAAUUACUACUCCCCGGAUGUGAAGGCGGACAUGGUGUGGGCGUCGCUGCAGCACCUUCUCUUGACGGAUAACGACCGUCUGACGCAGGAGGGGGCGAAGGCCGUGCUGGCGGAGUUGCUCGCAGAGGACGCAACGCGGAAGGUGCUGCUGCGGCAGCAGGGCAUGGACACGACGGCGCAACGCGCACGCGAAGUAACGCAGGCGCUCGCAGGUGGCCGGCUGUCACCGCGUCCCGACUCCCAGCUGCUACCGCAACUCUAUUUGGUCGACAUUCUCCGUGAGCCGCUCAGCAGCGCCAACAUCGAAAAGGAUGCUGUCGCCACGCAGGAUGAGGUGGAGGAGAAACCAGCAACGCCGGGUCGUGCGGGAGGUCUUGCGCCGUCGCACUUGACGGGCACCACAUCGGAGGCAAUAAUCGGAGGGGAAAGAGAAGAGGGCGUUCCGGACGCCGCCUCAUCCGUUCCCCCUUCCCCGCACAACGAACCGCCGCAGCCCACGGCGCGUUCAGCGAGUCCAAAGUCAGCACCAUCGCCUAAAAGCUCGCAAACACCGGCACCAGCAGCAGCAGCUAAGCCAACCCCCUCUACGGAGGCGAGUCGUAGCCAGCAGGAGCUGAACCAAAACACGGCGCACGCGCCAUCAGCGCCGCUGGAGCGACGACCACCGCAGCAACAAGCAGCGGCAACGCACAAGGAGACACCGGCGCCACGGCAGGAGCUACAGAACGCACUGGCACAGCUCCCAACGCAGCAGCAGCUGCGCCGACGCCCACCACCACCACAGCACAGGCAACCACCGAGAAGAAAUGUGCCACCAUUGCAGAGAACUUACCUGAAGGCUGCCACGCUCUCCGCGAACGGGGAAGAACCGGAGGAAGCACACGAACACAAAGCGGUGCCCUCCCUGACACUCGCAGCACCGUGGGAAUCUAACCCGGUCCCCUCACGCAGCCCCGGCCGGCACACGCCAUCACCUCCGCGCAACUCCACGUAUUGGGCGGAGGCGAUGGCGGACAGCCCCGCCGCCCUGCCGCAGCUGCAGCGCUCCACCACCACACCGCCGGCCACGCCUCCGCGAGCGGCGCAGAUGGAACAUCGGCCGUCGAGUGCGACGUCGCCGGUGAGGCGGGAGCUGGAGCCGACACGCACGCCGGCGGAAGUGCAGGGUUCGCUGCAGCCGCCCCCGUCGUCGCCGUCACCGGCAGCGGCUGCAUUCCCCGCGGCGCCGGUGCAAAAAGCGGAGGGCUUAACGAAGCCGACUGCAGCUCGCGGUGUCCGCAAACCUACGCCGCAGCGAUCACCGCGGCAGCCACCCAAAUCGGCGAAUCGGCCGCCUUUUGAUGUCGCACCAUCCACCGCCGCCCUCGUCGACACCGCUCCUGUUUUGUCGGCGCAGCGUCGCCGCCGUAGCAGCUGCGACGUACCGUCGGAGCAGGAAAAGUACAGUAAUGGGGCAGCAGGUCACAGUGGCCAGGUGAAACCACCAGCAGCAGCAGCAGCGGAAGCGGCAGGGAAGCCGUCCUCGCAUGCCCUUGUCGCCGCUGGCAAAGGUGCUGAUCAAGAAAAUGUUUCUCCUCUACCUCAGCAGCGGCAGCACCAGCAGCAGCAGCGAGUAGAGCCCCCGAGAUCAAAGCGUAGCCUCUCUGCUUCGAAGAAGAAAGCACCGCCACCGCAAGCGACAGCGGGGGCAUCAACACCCGCUCCGCAACACAAUGAGGGCGAGGAGGAACAGAAGCAACCACCGCUGGACCCUUCGGUCAAUCCCACAUGCGCCGCCUCCACCCCUCCUACGCUGUCGCACAGCGGCUGCAAAGGCCAGCUACGGGCUCCUGCGUCGCGGCAACAACAGCCGCCUCUUCCGUCCCCUCGUAAUCCCUCUCCUUCCAACAAGCGACGCCUUCAGCAGGCAAUUGCCCACGCCGCGGAGCUGGACGACGUGCCGGACGUGGUCGUGAACGGUCACAGCGCACGCCGGCCAGGGGCGCAGUCACCGCGACCCGGCGUGCGCUGCCGAACCCCGUCUCUGCCCGCCUCUGCCAGGAAGCCCAGCGGAGCUGGAGAAGACGGAGACAAAGCAGCCGCAGCAGAGGAAGAGGAAAUCACCGCCUCCCUCCCGGUACCGCCGAGACACCGCUCCUUCCGCUCCCCCGUCCGGCUCGACCACACGGAGCUGGAGGCGGCGCAGUCAGCGAGGGAGUGGGUGCGGUCGAGGGAUCCGUCCAUGGCCGACCGCGCGCCGUCCUCGCGCGUUUCACGCAAUGGAGCCUCCGCGCGCCCGUUGGUCGUGUCGCCGUGUCGGCUGCGACCGCCUCCGCCGGACCGCGAUGCCGAUGAAGUACAAGAAGAACUCGGCGGAGAAGAGAAGGUGGUGGAACUGCCGGUGGACUUCAACGGUCGCACGACAUACAAUGGAGCGCCACGACGUGAGCACGAUUGCUCGACGGAGCACCGCAAUGCCACGGCGUCCUCGCGCAGUGCCCGCGCCCAACGCCCCGUUGAUGUCCCGCCGCUGGACCUGCCCAGGCCGCCGGUGGUGGCCGCACGACGUCGAGGACCUCCACCGCAGCAACACCAACAACGCAGAGGCGAAGAAGGGACCUCCUCAGCUCCUGCCACACACGGUCGACCGCGGACACCGCGGGGUAGCUCCAAAUACGGCGCUGCCUGCGCCCAUGCAGAUUUGCUACGCGGCCGCGACAGCGUUUCGGCGGCGAAGGCGGCGUACGAGGCGGCCACGCUGGCCGAAGCCCGCGCCAAAGUCCAGGCGGAGCGACGCGCGAAACGGAAGCAGCAGCAGCAGCAGCAGCAACGGCAGCGGCACCUGCUGCGCCAAGAGAACGCCGCGGCAGACCGCAGCGCGUCGCUGCAGGUGGAGGGAGAAGUGAAUUCGGUACACGAGGAAGGCCGCCCGUCUCGGCCCGCUCGCCGGGGCAGCUCGCCGUCGCCAGCGCCCAACAGGCCGAGUGGAGCGCGCGCCCCCUCCCCCCUCCACGCACCGCCACCGCCGGCCCAGCGGCACGCCCCACGCAGCGCACAGCGCCGCCUCUCCACCGCCGCGCCGCCGCACAUCGAACCGCGCCUCACGACGACGAGUCAGCUGCGCCGCGUGACGAGUCAGCGCUACCGCCGCGCGUCUGAGGUGGAGGCGGGGAUUCAUGGCUUCUACGCGCUGAACGCCACACCGCGCCUCGACUUUCGGGGAGAAACCGCGGUGGCCUCCAUGGCGCAACGACAGCCCACGCGCGACGAGCUCGCAGCGGUGCAGAUGGAGAAGGAGAUGGAGAAGGGCCGCCGCUCUUCGUUCUGCGACUCGCGCCGCGCCAGUGCAGCGGCGGGGGUGAACGGGUACGAGGAGCAGGAGCCGCACGCGAACAGCCACGACGUGAGCAAUCCUCUCCUGAAGGCGCAGCCACGUACGCCAAGUAGGACGACUUCAUUGAAGACAGCCCAGGCAUCCCCACAGCAGCCGAAGCCCCAGCCGUCACAAGGGACACCCGCGUACCAGGCCAACGGACGGGGUGCCCAGGUAAACGGAGAUGCCGUGGACAGUGAAAGCGGUAACGACGAGGAGACGAGCACGGCGCCGUCUCUGUCGCCCUGGGGCACCGCAGACUAUCAAGGCUCCGCGCCUCGUCAGGAGGAGGAAAAGAGGGAGGACGGUGUCACAGUUGAGGUAAGUGCGUACGGCGUGGAGCUGGUGAACAAAGCUCUGCGCACCCCACAUCGAACGCUCUACUAG